AAUAUUUUAAUAUCCUAAAUUUAUACUUGAAAUAAUGGAUUCUGUUUACUUGAAAAAGAUAUUGCUGAAAAAUUUGGAAUAUGAUAAAAAGUGGUACAUAUAUUUACAUACAUUGUUAUGAAGGAAAAAUAGAAGCUAAAGAUUUCGAGGAGGCUGCAGAAGAACUUGAUAUAUCAUUGGACGAAUAUCUGGAUGUGCUUAAGAAAGUGCUAACUACAGAUAUUGGUUUGGAUGGUUUUGAAAUUGAGUUGGAUCACGAAAAUAAAAUAAUGCGCGUGAAUAGAAGCAGAGAUUUACACAUUAUGUAUGUGGAAAUACAAUUGCAGGAAGCUAAUAAAAGUUAUGAUAUGCUGGAUAUUGCCUUACAAAAGAUCAAUAAUGAGAAGUCCAAAAAUGAAGAUCAGAUAAUAGAAAAAGCGUUAUCAAAUGCAAUCGGUUCUGUUGAAAAAGUGUUAUUCGAAAAGGAGGAAUGGAAAGAGAAGAUGCUCUCCAAAUUUCUUCUGAUAUUAAAUGAAAAGAAAAAUAAAAUAGCCAAGUUGGAAAUGGAAUUAGAAAAGGUAAGCAAAGGACGGAGUAACAGUAAUGCACAAAUGGAUAUUCAGGACAGUAGUGACGAUGAUUUUAAUGCUCCUACACAACAGCUUACGCUUCCAGAAACAGAAGCAUAACAAACAACCAACGUUAUAAUUAAGCAUGUACAAUAACAUAGUCUAAGUCGAAUGUGUAUUUAAAAAUAUCUAUA